AGUGAUUCGGGAGUAGACGUGAUGCAAUGUUAUGGAAAUUUUAAAUAAUUAUAUAAUAUCAUCAGUUGUAUUGUAAGGUAAACUAAGCUUAUAUCAUUGUAAGGCUGUCUUCACAAUAUUCAUGUCAGUUCUUCACGGAGACACGACGAAUUCUCAGAUAUUCAGACAGUCAUAAUGUCCAACUCACAGCGAAUAUUCGACUACACCGAUGAAUCUCAGGCAGAGAGGCUUGCCAGGAAAUCCAAAGACUCACCUUUCAUGAUAUUAGGUAUUAUCGGCAUGAUUGGUGUAUGUGGUCUUGGAAUUUAUAAAUACAAGACUCGGGGCAAGAUGAGCACCAGUGUAUACUUAAUGCAGCUCCGAGUGGCAGCACAAGGGACUGUGGUCUCUGCACUUACCAUUGGACUCGUCUACACAAUGGCCAAGCAACAUUUAUUUAAAGACAAAAAAGAAUAACAGUAUUUUUGAUAAGUAGCCAAUUAUUUAAUCAGUGGGGACUCUGUGUGAAAUGAUCUUAAUAUGUCAUAGUAAUGUUUGUCUGUAUAAUAUCUGGCUGGUGCAAAGAAAUUAUCAAAUCUCAUUAAAUAAUCUCAUACACUUAAUUUAUUUAAGUUCCCCCAAAGUUAUGUUUAAUAGAUUAAUUUAGGAUCUAAUUUGUGUUCUGUGAUCUUUAGCAGGUAUUUUCAUGUACAUAAAGUACAUAAUAUUAUUAUAAUCAUUCACAUUAUUUAUUCCAUUUUUUCGUGAACUAUACAGAAUUCUCAUAGUUUAAUUAAUAUUGUGAUACCAAGAAUACAUUGGAUGUAAUCUAGGGGAAAUACUAUUUAUUUAUUAAUACAGACCUGUUGCAGUAAACAA